CCAGCACCCCGGGUUUAGGCAACUCCAUUUGUGUGUUUGUGUCACUGCAGCUGAGACGAUGGCCUCGCAGCUGAGGUUCGACGGGCGGGUGGUGCUGGUCACCGGCGCGGGGGGAGGACUGGGUCGGGCCUAUGCUUUGGCUUUUGCUGAAAGAGGGGCAUCAGUUGUUGUGAAUGAUUUAGGAGGAGACACUAAAGGAGGUGGUAAAAGCUCUGUAGCUGCUGAUAAAGUUGUUGAAGAAAUAAGAAGGAAAGGUGGAAAAGCAGUGGCCAACUAUGAUUCAGUGGAAGCAGGAGAGAAACUUGUGAAGACAGCAUUGGAUGCUUUUGGAAAAAUAGAUGUUGUGAUCAACAAUGCUGGGAUUCUGAGGGACCGAUCUUUUGCUAGGACAAGUGAUGAAGAUUGGGAUCUAAUCCAUAGAAUUCAUUUGCGAGGCUCAUUCCUAGUAACCCGGGCAGCAUGGGAACACAUGAAGAAACAAAAUUAUGGAAGGAUCAUUAUGACUUCAUCGGCUUCAGGAAUAUAUGGCAACUUUGGCCAGUCAGGUUACAGUGCUGCAAAACUGGGUCUUCUAGGCCUAGCAAAUACUCUUUCAAUUGAAGGCAAGAAAAACAACAUUCAUUGUAACACUAUUGCCCCUACUGCUGGAUCAAGAAUGACAAAGACUGUUUUGCCAGAUGAUAUUAUCGAAGCUUUGAAGCCAGAGUAUGUGGCACCUCUGGUCCUCUGGCUUUGCCAUGAGAGCUGUAAGGAAAACGGUGGCUUGUUUGAGGUAGGAGCAGGAUGGAUUGGAAAAUUACGCUGGGAGCGGACCUUGGGAGCUGUUGUAAGGAAGAAGAAUCAGCCAAUGACUCCUGAGGCAGUGAAGGCUAACUGGGCAAAGAUCUGUGACUUUGAUAAUACCAGCACUCCUCAGAGUAUACAAGAAUCAUCUGCAGGUAUAAUUGGAGUUCUAAGUAAAAUAGAGUCAGAAGGAGUUUCACCAAAUCAUACGAAUCAUAAAGCAUCAACAACCACAUCAGGAUUUGCUGGAGUGAUUGGCCACAAUCUUUCUUCAUUUUCUUCUUCUUACACUGAACUGGAAGCUAUUAUGUAUGCCCUUGGAGUGGGAGCAUCGGUUAAGGAUCCAAAAGAUUUGAAAUUUAUUUAUGAAGGAGAUUCUGACUUUUCCUGUUUGCCUACAUUUGCAGUUGUCUUAGCUCAGAAAUCAUUAAUGAGUGGAGAGCUGGCAAACAUUCCUGGACUUUCAAUCAACCUGGCAAAACUGCUCCAUGGUGAACAGUAUUUGGAGUUGUAUAAACCACUACCCAGAGCAGGAAAAUUAAGAUGUGAAACAAGUGUUGCUGAUGUCAUAGAUAAAGGAUCCGGUUUAGUAAUUCUUUUGGAUGCCUAUUCAUAUUUUGAGAAGGAACUUAUAUCUUAUAAUCAGUUCUCGGUCUUCAUUGUUGGCUCUGGUGGGUUUGGUGGAAAACGAACAUCAGACAAAGCCAAGGUAGCUUUAGCUGUACCUAAUAGACCUCCUGAUGCUGUUCUUACAGAUAGCACCUCACUUAAUCAGGCUGCUUUGUAUCGCCUCAGUGGAGACUGGAAUCCCUUACAUAUUGAUCCUAAUUUUUCUAGCCUGGCUGGAUUUGACAAACCCAUAUUACACGGAUUAUGUACAUUUGGAUUUUCUGCCAGACACGUUUUAAAGUGCUUUGCAGAUAAUGAUGUGUCUAGAUUCAAAGCAAUUAAGGUUCGUUUUGCAAAACCAGUAUACCCAGGUCAAACUCUGCAAACUGAAAUGUGGAAGGAAGGAAAUAGAAUUCAUUUUCAAACUAAGGUCCAAGAGACUGGAGACAUUGUCAUUUCUAAUGCCUACAUAGAUCUUGUGCCAACAUCUGACACUUCACUUAAGACAUUGUCUGAGAUCGGGAAGCUUCAGAGUGCCCUUGUAUUUGAGGAAAUAAGUCGUCGCCUUAAGGAUGUUGGGCAUGAGGUGGUAAAGAAAGUAAAUGCUGUAUUUGAGUGGCAUAUCACUAGAGGUGGAAACGUUGCAACUAAGUGGACUAUUGACCUGAAAAGUGGUUCUGGAAAAGUAUAUGAAGGGCCUGCAAAAGGUUCUGCUGACGUUACCAUUAUAAUUUCAGAUGAAGAUUUCAUGCAGGUGGUCUUGGGCAAACUUGACCCUCAGAAGGCUUUCUUUAGUGGCCGACUGAAGGCAAAAGGGAACAUCAUGCUGAGCCAGAAGCUUCAGAUGAUUCUUAAAGACUACGCCAAGCUUUGAAGAGCACACUAGAUCCUUAACAUAAGCAGAAAAAUGAAACUCUUACUUCACCAGAAUAUGCUUGAUUAUUCAGCACAAGUGAUCAAAAGUUAGAGGGGAAGCUGCUUAACAUUUACAGAUUUCAGAUAUUGUUACUGAUUAUCAUUUUCUACUAAAUUUUCAUGUAUCAUUAUUUUUACAAGGAACUGCAAGCUAGCUCGUGAUUAUGCUUCUGGCCUUAGAUCUUUAUCUUCAUAAUAAAAAAAUUUUACCCGAGGUCAGUCGUCUUGGACUUUAUGAUAACAUUUAUAAAUUAAAAGAUUAAAUGAGUAAAACCAUUUUGAUACCUUU